ACCCCCUCACUCCCCCCGCCCCCACCCCAAACCAACGUGCCUACGAACGUACUCACGUUCAUCCCGGUGGCAUACUAAAGGAAAAUCGCUUGUGGCCAAGACGGCAAUUCUAGUAUUCACAGGACAGGCGGCGGACGAUCCAGAGGAUGGCUUCUAACGGUCACGUUUUGGAGGAGGAAUGCUUCCGGGACAAGAUGAAGAACUUCUGGAAGAUGUACAACCCUUCGGUGGAGUCCAUGAUGCUCUCCCACGACGCCAAGAACUUGGGCGAGAGCGAAAAGAACGAAAUCCUCUCUUAUUUGCCCAAUUAUAAAGGGAAGAGAGUCCUGGAACUCGGUGCUGGGAUCGGGCGCUUCACCCCAAGACUGGCCCAGGUAGCGAGUCAUGUGACUACCGUCGAUUUCAUCCAAGAAUAUGUAGAUUACAACAAAAAGGAGAAUGGUCAUCUUAACAACAUUGUUUUUAAGUGUGCCGAUGUCACAAAAUUAGACUUUCCGCCAGGUUCCUUUGAUCUAGUGUUCAGCAACUGGCUCUUCAUGUACCUGAGUGAUGAGGAGACCAACAACGUCUUCCGCAAGGUCUUGGAAUGGCUUGCGCCAGAAGGAUGCUUCUUCCUGCGCGAGUCUUGCUACCAUCAGUCCGGUAACAUGAAAAGGGAGGAGAAUCCGACCAUAUACAGAACGCCUAUUGACUACUGUCACGCCUUGGAGAAAACAACAGCUCAGGACAAAUCUACAUUCAAAAUCGUUCGAGGCAAGAGCAUCCUAACUUAUAUUAAGUAUCAUUGCAACCCAAACCAGCUGUGCUUUUUGGCAAAGAAGACCAGCAUUCAAAGCCCAAGUGAACUGAUGCAAACAAUACACAACUGUUAUAACCUCAACAGCAUCAUCAUGGCAGAGCGAGCAUUUGGCCACAUGUGGUUUUCCACUGGAGGGGAAGCAACCAACAGGGACCUGUGCUCCCGGUUGACGCUGCAUCCUGACCAGUUAGUUCUCGACGUCGGAUGUGGGACCGGAGCCUCGGCUUUCUUCAUGGCGCGCCACUAUGGUGUCAAAGUGAAUGGCAUCGACCUCUCCCACCACAUGAUCCAUCUGGCCAUCGAGAGACAGGGCAAGCAGGAGUACAACGUCAAGAAGAGGGUACAUUUCGAGAUUAACAACGUUCUGAAUGCUGACUAUGAUUCGGACACAUAUGACGUCAUCUACAGCCGGGACGCCAUCCACCACGUUUCAGAGAAGAGGAUGCUAUUCAAGAAAUUAUAUAAAUGGUUGAAACCAGGAGGGACCCUCUUCUUCUCGGAUCACUGCGCUUGGGCUGCAACUAACACCAAAGAAUUUGUUGACUACGCCAAUGUCACUAAAAGAUGGACCUUGGGGACAGUCGCAUCCUACUGCCAGGACCUGAGAAGCGUUGGCUUCGUUGACGUCCAAGGAGAGGACAAGGGGAACGAAUUCGUCGCUAUCACUCGGAGGGAACUCAGGUCCCUCGUUUCUGGACGAGAGGCCUUCGUCAGCGACUUCUCUCAGGAGGCAUACGACGAACUCAUUGUCAGCUGGGAGAAAAAGAUCCGCUUCGCCGAAGAUGGACAGCUCACCUGGGCGCUGUUCUCCGCAACCAAAUGAGAGAUGAAUCGAGUUUGUAUAAUUAUAUUGUCCUGACGACCCGUCCUGACCUCCUUCAAGGGAUAUGAAAAGAAAGAGUGAACGUCCACGAUCUUUUUAUUUAUGGCAUUUCUAUUUAUGCAAGGAACUGACUACGGAAUAAAAUCGCGAAAAUGUC